GUAAAUCUCUCUCAGACAAGGUGACUUUUAUCAAUAUAUAAUUGGCUCUAUUUACGCUCAGAUUCUAAAAAUGAUAAUUAGCAUCAAAGUAAAAUCAUGCAAAAGUACAAAUCCCUGCAAGCCCCUGCACGUCAUCUCUAGCUGACACCUUUGCUAACAGGUAUUAUGACAAUAUAAAACUUUGCACAAAACAGUUCACAGACUUGUGAAUUUAAAGACAUUUUGGCAAUUUAUUCAUUACUACAUUUAGCUAACAUUAGAAAGUUAAUGCAGAGAUUCUUAUUUUUGCCUCGAUUCAGGAGUCCUCUGUCAGAGUCUAGGUGAUGUGGGUAAUGCGGAGUCAGGCACAGGACACAGAGAUGAGUAAUAGUAGUAACUUUACUCAAAAAUAAUCUUCCAACAAGGAGAACAAAAAUCCAGAAUCACAUAAACGAGACAACUGACAACAUUAAACACGCACAAAACCAUGAUGGCUCCAGAGGGUUAAAUAGGGAAAUAAUUCAAACGUAAUGGGAACCAGGUGUGUACAAUACAGACAAAACAAAUGUAGAUCAGUGGAGGCUAGAAGGCCGGUGACGUCGACCGCCGAACGCUGCCCGAACAAGGAGAGGCACCAACUUUGGCGGAAUGGAGGAUUGGUUGAGUUCUAGUUUUUCAGUAUACGUUUUUUGAAGAUGAUUGACGUUCAACCCAUCGGGUAUCUCGUUUCACCCUUAUGUCAUGUCUUGAAAUAUGCAGACAGACAGAUUAAAGGUCAAUUUACACUUUCUAACUCCGCCCAUAACUUUUGGACUUUAUAGCAUUCCCAGAAGGCCUGGAUUAUUGAGUCAUUGUCAGUUUUACACUUAAGACAUGACUGCGGUUGUGCUGUCGAAUUUGUGAAUUUUGUAGAGUAAAUUCUAUACAUUAUACAUAAACUGGAUUAAGUGUACAUUUUCAUUUCCUGUAAUUUACCUAUCAUAUGAAUAUCCUUUUCUGUCUCAAAUAGCAUUCUCUCAAGAUUGCUCUGAUGUCCAAAAAUAUUUCAAAUACAGAUUUUGUGAUAUGAAACUUUUUAAUUAAUUGGAAAAUAGCUACAUUAGCCGGUCCAAAAUGUAUUUGGAAUUCUGUCAUGGAACUUUUUACAUUUCCUAUUACCAAGUCAUUUACCUUUAGUUUUCCAUGUGAACCAAUUUAUCAGUGAAUUCUGAAAAGCUAUUGAAGGAUUGUCCAUAAGGUUGUGUUUAUAGGGAGUGAUAUUGGUUCUUGUAGAAUAUGUUUCAUUUUCUUCCAUAUUGUUCUAGUGUUCUUAACUAUGAAGUUAAUGUUCUUUGAUUUAUCCUUUCAAAAUUGACACAUGAAAAGGUUUUGGGAAUAAGUAUGGCCAUCUUCAAUAUGUACCCAUUGUUCCUCUUUCGUUUAUUUAACUAUAUGUCGCAGGUAAAAGUCCUGGGUGGCGACUUGAUACAAUUUCAAGUCUGGAAGGUGAGAAUCUCUGGUAGUUUAACCUGUGAAACUCUGAGCUGUUGUUUUUGAGCUUAAGUGGUACCCACUCUGUCAAUUUCAGUCAGAAAAUACAAAGUAACACAAAAUACAAAGUACAUAUAAUUCUAAAGCGACAGCACUUGUCUUUUUGCUGGGGAAGUCAUAAGAAUGAAGUCAUCAUAAUGCAUUUAUUUUCCAUCAACAUUUAAUGUUAUAUUUACAAUACCCUCUCAUCCAGAGAAGUUUACAGGAGCAAUUAGGGUUAAGUGCAUUGCUCAAGGGCACAUCAACAUAUUUUUCACCUACUUGUCUCUGAGAUUCAAGCCAGUGACCUUUUGAUUCCUGGCCAAACACUCUUAACCGCUAGGCUACCAGCCGCCCUGAUAUUAUCUUGAAUGCAUCCUCCAUAUGUGCCGCUGAUCUAUCUCACUCAUUUCAAAUGGGGGAAAAUACGUUUUAGAACUUGAAAGGCCUAAUCGCUCGAGUCAUUUUAUGAUGUCAGGCUUGAGAAUCCGUUCAGACAUUUUCGCACAGUGAGGUUCUACCCAAACCAGAUCAAACCAGACACUUUUGGUUUCAAGUGGCCAAGUCACGUCAUGGACUAACUGGGAAUCAGACAUGAGAUCUAAUUGCAUCAGUGAAAAGGUUACGACUUCAGCUUUCUCCUCGUAUGUACAUCAUUCCUGUAAAACGAAAAAUGAAGGCAUGGCACGUUGCACAAUACAUAUUUGAUUUCAAACCUAGACUUUCAUAUCUCUUAUUCCUCGAGAUGGGGACAAUUUGUGUUUGUAGGACUUAUAGUAUGAAAUCUAAAUAUAUCUAAUGAAGGUAGUUCAGAAUAUACAGUAUGUGUCGCUUAGAGAAUGCUAAAGAGUUUAACAGGUUAACCUAUUUCUUAGGCUAUUUUUGCACAUUUUGAUCUUGCCUAUGGUGGCAAAAUUGCUAAGACCCGGGGCAGCAAAGCGAGCUGUGGCACAUAUACCUACAAUAAUAUUGCGGGACUGCGGUCGGGUUCGAGACCAGUUCUUGCGGUCGGGUUCGAGACCAGUUCUUGCGGUCGGGUUUGGGACCAGUUCUUGCGGCCAGGUUCUGGACAAGUUCUUGCGGUGGGUUCGAGACCAGUUCUUGCGGUGGGUUCGAGACCAGUUCUUGCAGUGGGUUCGAGACCAGUUCUUGCGGUGGGUUCGAGACCAGUUCUUGCGGUGGGUUGGAGACCAGUUCUUGCGGUGGGUUGGAGACCAGUUCUUGCGGUGGGUUGGAGAUCAGUUCUUGCGGUGGGUUAGACCAGUUCUUGCGGUGGGUUUGGGACCAGUUCUUGCGGCCAGGUUCUGGACCAGUUAUUGCGGUAGGGUUGGAGACCAGUUCUUGCGGUGGGUUGGAGACCAGUUCUUGCGGUGGGUUGGAGAUCAGUUCUUGCGGUGGGUUGGAGACCAGUUCUUGCGGUGGGUUGGAGACCAGUUCUUGCGGUGGGUUAGACCAGUUCUUGCAGUGGGUUGGAGACCAGUUCUUGCGGUGGGUGGAGACCAGUUCUUGCGGUGGGUUGGGGACCAGUUCUUGCGGUGGGUUGGAGACCAGUUCUUGCGGUGGGUUAGACCAGUUCUUGCGGUGGGUUGGAGACCAGUUCUUGCGGUGGGUUGGAGACCAGUUCUUGUGGUGGGUUGGAGACCAGUUCUUGCGGUGGGUUGGAGACCAGUUCUUGCGGUGGGUUGGAGACCAGUUCUUGCGGUGGGUUGGAGACCAGUUCUUGCGGUGGGUUAGACCAGUUCUUGCAGUGGGUUGGAGACCAGUUCUUGCGGUGGGUGGAGACCAGUUCUUGCGGUGGAUUAGACCAGUUAUUGCGGUGAAUUAGACCAGUUCUUGCAGUGGGUUGGAGACCAGUUCUUGCGGUGGAUUAGACCAGUUAUUGCGGGAGCAGGUGGGAGUCGGACAAGAAGUCAACAGGAGCAGCUGUAUUAAAAUCAGUGGGAGCUGGCUGGAGCGGGAUGAAGAAAUCAGUCCCGUGCAGACCUUUAGUCCAACACAGAUGAGCAUUGCAGAUUAUCUGACUGGCAUUUUUGGGCUGUUGUUAUCAGAAGGUUUUGCCAAAUAGAUCUGGUAAGAUCCAAGGAAAAAUGUAAUUGAAUAAAACUUCCAAGUAAAGUAUGGUGUAGAGGACUAUCCAAAUUACUGACCCACGUGUCCUGCAGGCUGCAACCCUUUCUUAAGUGUGUUAUUGUAAUGUUUUACACAUUCGAAAGUCUAUCAGUCUGUCACACAAUGUUAUGCAAAUUAGUUGCUGUAUGUGAGGCAUGCUGGGGGAGAGUUUUGGUGAGCCAUUUUGUGUGGCAGAUAAGUGCUGGGGUGCACUGUCUGUGUUCAUCCAAAUAAAUGACAACUUGAUUAUUUUAUGGGAAAUCAGUGUCCUAGACUGUUUAAUCUAGUCAACAAACUCCUUGCGAGUUUCGGUGGUCUUACAUGCUCAUUACAGUAUGUUACCAGAUGGUGGUUGAAAGGUGUGGUGAUUCAUAUUAAAGGUGACUGGAAAGCCAACCUGACCUGUUUAGAACACGCACAGUCAGUCUCUCUCUCUCUCUCUCUCUCUCUCUCUCUCUCUCUCUCUCUCUCUCUCUCUCUCUCUCUCUCUCUCUUCUCUCUCUCUCUCUCUCUCUCUCUCUCUCUCUCCAUCUAGCACUGGCACUAGCUGUUUAAGUCCAGACUUCACUUUCGCCUUGUCUGCAUCUAAACUUUCCUUUUCUGUGGAGUGUUACACCUGUUCUAACCUGCCUCAAUUACACUUUGUAGUUGAAUGGAAUUCUAAAAUAUAUUUUUUCCUCUGCACUUACAUUUUAAUGUAAUUGAAUAGACUGUCAAGUUAGAAUAAGGAUUCUUAUGAAAAUUAGAACAGUCGUCUGUUAAACACUGCCACAUCUUAGUUGUGCUUACUAUGAUGUCCUUUUAAUUCAGUGGUUUAUCCUCACGAGAGAUGUCCUUGUUUGUUUGUUUGGGGUUGGUAUGCUGCCUGUUGCUAUUGGUUGUUAUGAAUACACUGAUAAGCUGUUGUCGUAGUAUCUGAGCUACACCACACACACACACAGGGAGCCUGCCUGAGUUUGUUCCCUUGUCCUGGUAUGACCUCCGCCUUGCCGACACCACAUGGUCAUCUUUAGAGAGGAGAGAGAGAAGAGGGAGUUCUCUCUGAGAAGAGGCUGAGAAAGAGUGGGGAAAGGAAGAGAAGUUGCUGGGAGAGAGUGAAAGAGAGGCUAGAGGAUAGAAAAGGGGAGGAUCUGGGAGAGAUAUAGAUAGAAAUUACAGAGGGAACGAGAGAGAGAGAGAAAGAGGGAGAGUGAGAGAGAGAGAAGGGCUGGGUGUCUACUCGUCAGAGUCAGGGGUGUGUUUCUUCUCCACCCCAAACACACACAACUCGUGCCACUACUUCUGUAUGCCAGGGAGUAGAGAGUUACUGGAGCAGAACCACUGUGGGCUGGUGCUACACUCAUGCAGCAGUAGUCGACCACCUGACUGUGUUUUGGUGUUUCACAAUGCUGGGUUGUGUUCAUUAGGGUACGAAACAAGCCUGGAAAGUGUGGCAUGGCUUAGGGCGAAUUCUGUCAUGGUUUGUGUACAUUGAGUUAGUUGGAGAAAUCACAGCUUAGGGAAAUCACAGCCCCAAAUCACAGCUUAGAUAAUAAAAAUACUCUGCAACUCUUGUCUUGUUAUAAAACUGAUACUUUUUAUAUAUAUAUAUAUUUUUAAGAUUGACGUUUGCUCAUAGCGUUAUGACACAGAGUUCAUAAAAAGCUAGCGUAACGUGACUAUAGAGGCUAGGACAAGUGUUUGUAGUUUGAACUCUGAGGUGACUUGGAGGAAUCAUUGGAGCUAUGACUGAUGCCAGACAGACAGGAGUGUGUGCUUUGCUUUACAGUCAGGGUCCAUUAAGAUGCUAAAUAAUUAUAUCAGUGAUUUGAAUUCAGUCAUAUGUUCUUGUUGUCUCUCAUGCAAUAUCAUCUCAGAGUAAUUGUAUUUUCUGUCUAACUCUGACCCUGUUUACUUCUGUAUGAAUAGAAUACAAUAGAAAACAAUAUAAUACAUGUGUUAGGCCUAAUUUUGUGAAUCAACUUUUCCAUAAUGUUGAAUACGCCAUUAAUAAACAUAUUUUUAAAUAACAUGUUGUUUCCCACACCCAGUUUGUGAGUGGCAUUUAAAGGGUUAAUAUCUCAGACAGACACAGCUCAGUGGACACAUCUAUCUCUUCUUCCUCAGCUCAGCUCCAGUCUGGUGCGUCUACGUUGUCCAGUCCACAGUUUGUGUGUGUCCCCCGUUCGUAGGGGCUAGAGUAAAAGCCCACAUAGGAGCUCCUUUGUUUAGGAGGGACUAGGCAUGGGAGAUCAUUUACAAGCCGCUGACGCCCUCACCCCAUUGGCUGGCGGGGCUCAGUCUGUGUCUGCGAGAGGCAUGCCGUGUGUGCGUGUGUGUGUGUUUAUGUGAGUGUGUGUGUAUGUCUGUGUUCGUGUCUGCGGCAACAGCAGUUCUCUACACAGUGUCUCACAGGCAGACAGGCAGGCAGCCUCUCUCUGCUCUGGCGAUGGUAGUGGAGAGCUAGCUCGCCCUCCUCUCAGAGACGGCUGUUAUAGUAGCCUGCUAUUCUUCUAUCUAGAGCUGAGGGGAGCAAAGCAAAGCAAGAUGGCUACCGGUACCUUGUAGGAAUAUAAUACUACCCAAACUGGAGGUUCUGCCUCUGAGGACAGACAAGGUGGCGUGCAAGGACGUGGCCAAAGGAGCGUUAAAGAAACCAGUUUCCACGGUGGUUCCAGAGGGCGUCGCAAUAAAUGGCAGAAGCCCUGUCCAGAUGGUAAAGGAAACCUAUACGGCAGAGGAGGAGUGUCACAUACCUCCCACACACCCCCAGACACACCCUCGCACACACCCUCCCCACGCCCACACUCUCACCCCAAUCCUAGAUGGCCGACCAGCAGUACUUAUCAAGAGAGAGCCUGGCCUGGAGGACACCAACGAUGCACUUCUUCUGCAACACCACUACUCUUCAUCUUUUCACAAUGGUGCUGACGAAAACCUGUCUAAAACCAACGGUGCUCCAGUGUCACCAGAUUCCCAAAAGACUACAAGACAAUUAGAGUCCCAAAGGACUACAAAAACCACAUACCCCAAAGGCAGCUCUGAGCCCAAUGAUGCACUUCCGGAUGACACCAUGACCGUUCCUCUGAAGAAGAUAAAGUUGGAGGAGUCGUGGGUGUGGUCUACGGAGCAGUCCUCCACCCUACUAGGGGGCAAUGAUGACGAUGUCUAUGUGGACGCUCUGUCCACACUAGCAGCAGUUGUGUGUUUCUCUAUCACAGAUAGGAAGGGGCUGGAGGACAAGCUGUUUAGCUCCCGUUCCCCGGUGCUACAAUCGUUAAAAACAGAGCCGGAGGACUUUAAGGUAGACCUACUCCUGAGAAGCACUCCCAUCAGUCCACGGAAAGCUCUUGACAUUAUUGUCAAACGAGAACAACCCUCUCCAGAUCUCUCUCUGCCAAGCAUCCAGUCGUUGGUGCAAGAGAGGAAUAUUAGCAAUGACCAAGCUAUUGCUAUCGAGGCGCUAACCUUACUGGCAUCUAUCCCCCAAAACCCCCCAGAACCCUUUAGAAUGGACGCACAUGGUCAAAACCCCACCACAUCUUCCAUGCACUUAUCCAGUAGAAACACCUCUCUCCAGGAUGUCAAACCCCCUACAGGUUUCCUCCCCAACAAAGUUCUAGUCAUCAGCUCCCCCCUGCACCAGACCUCAGUCAUACGCUCCCCUCUGCACCAGACCUCAGUCAUCAGGUCCCCGGUGGCCAGACAGAGUCUUGUCAUCCAGUGUCAUUCCCGUAGUCCCGCAGCCACUGGCAAGCUGUCCCUACAGGACCUGCUAGAAGCCAGCUCGGACUGUGGCAGACUUCCCUACGACAGCACGGAGAGAGCAGGACAACACCUGUACAGGAGAGCAGACCAAGACCUUGGUUCUCACCAUAACAGGUCCGAAGGCACUUUCAGAGAGGGGAAAGACAUGGAGAGGAAUAGUAAGGAAACAACAGAGAGGACGGUGGGUAAGAGCGGGAGGAACAGGGAUGAGGAAGAGGUGGCGGCUCAACUGGCCGAGUUGGCAUUCAUCAUCCAAUCACGUCACAAGCAGCAGGGUUUCCAACCCUCCCAGCACUCUGAGAACAACCCUCCCAGAGGAACGCCAGUCUCGGCCAUCAAGUACAACUACAAUUCCCAGCAUGCACCACCCAACAACAAGAAAAUCCCUGUGAGGAAACCAAGUUCCACACCUUCCAAACCUAGGAAGAAGAAGGGGAUAGAAGGGGUUGAAGAGGAGGGCUACAACCCCAACAACAAGAUCCCCAUGUCCAAAAGGACACCCAACGGCAAGACCCCCAACAGAGCCAGGGUCCAGAAGGUUCUGCCCCAGCCGAAGACAUUGUCGCUCAGCCACAAGAGGAGCCUGUUCCUGCCUCAGACUCAAAUGGAUCUAAAGAGAUACCUGGCUGAGGCUCAGGAGGAACAACGGCAGCUCUUUUACUACAGCAACAGCCACAGUGGGGUCAAAUACCACAAAACCUCUGGAGCCGUCAUUCGUGGUCAAGGUUAUGGUCAUGACAACCAACAGUGGUCGCAUUUGAACGGUCACCACAAUGGUCCUCUGAACGGUCACCUGGACCCUUUACAAGGACAAGGAGUUGGACAAGGACAUGAGUGUGAAAGACGAUUGUAUUCUCAGGUAUCGCAGCCCUACGUUUGGCAGCAGCACGGUGCUAACCUAAAGGCUAGCUCCACCAACCCCAGUUUCACCAGUUUAGACUCUAACAACCACAGAACUGGGUUGAACCAUAGUUUACCCAACGGCUACUCCUCUGGGGGUCAACGGCAGGGGUAUUACAAGGUGGAGAAGUCUGGUCCGGUCACCAUCUUGUCCACGUCAACUGAUGGCGCUUUGGACCUAUCAGAGGAGUUGAUGCCAACCAAACACAACGUAAACAGCUUCCUGGAAUCGCCCCUCAUAUUUCUGGACACGCCCACUAAGAACCUGCUCAACACCCCCUCUAAGAAACUCUCUGAGAUCCCCUCCUGUGGCUGCAUGGAGCAAAUCAUAGAGAAGGAGGAGGGUCCGUACUACACUCAUCUUGGUGCUGGACCCAGUGUGUCAGCCGUCAGAGAGAUGAUGGAGAACAGGUAUGGAGAGAAAGGGAAGGCAGUAAGGCUGGAGGUGGUGGUGUACACUGGGAAAGAAGGACGCAGUUCCCAGGGUUGUCCCAUCGCCAAGUGGGUGAUCCGUCGGGGGAGUGAGGAGGAGAAGCUGCUGUGUCUGGUGAGACACCGAGCAGGGCACCGCUGUGAGAGUGCCGUGGUGGUGAUCCUCAUCCUGGCAUGGGAGGGCAUCCCCCGGGGCGUGGCAGACAGUCUGUACCAAGAACUCACUCAGACCCUCUGUAAAUACGGCUCCCCCACCAGUCGACGCUGCGCCCUCAACGAGGAUCGGACGUGUGCGUGCCAGGGUUUGGACCCAGACACUUGUGGCGCCUCGUUCUCCUUCGGCUGCUCCUGGAGUAUGUACUUCAACGGCUGCAAGUUCGCCCGCAGCAAGAUCCCCCGAAAGUACCGCCUGCUGGGAGAUAUGCCACAGGAGGAGGAGAAGCUGGAGAAUCGGCUGCAGAACCUGGCUACAGACCUGGGUCCUGUCUACCAGAGACUGGCCCCGGAGGCUUUCCAAAACCAGGUGGAUCAGGAGCAGGCGGGCCAGGACUGCAGGCUGGGUCGGAGGGCGGGCCGACCUUUCUCCGGGGUCACGGCGUGUGUGGAUUUCUGUGCCCACGCUCACAAAGACACACACAACAUGAACAAUGGCAGCACUGUGGUUUGCACUUUAACCAAGGAGGACAACCGUGCGGUGCGUAACGUCCCUGAGGACGAACAGCUCCACGUCCUGCCCCUUUAUAAGAUCUCACAGAGGGAUGAGUUUGGCAGUGCCAAUGGCCAGUGGGCCAAGAUCCAGACUGGGGCCCUGCAGGUGCUCUCAGCCUUCCCCAGAGAGGUGCGUCUGCUGGCUGAGCCGGUGAAAUCAGCCCGUAAGAGGAAGCAGGAGGCCAAGCUGAAGGCCCAGGCUGACAAACAAGCUGCAGCUCAGGACAGGAAGCCUGGACAGAGUCCACUAACCCUGGGCAAGGUCAAGACUGCAAACAAAGGUUUGAAAAGUGCUUCUUCAGCAGAUCAGUCCCCCAUGUUCAAAAAAGAGCCUCAGUCCUUCAGCUCUUACAGACCAGGAAAUGUGGGUGCGUAUGUACCAGACUCUAACUCCCCUAGCGCUUACAACCACAGCACCCCCACAUACCCCACUCCUCCUGGAAGAUCAACACCAGGGAUGGAGUCUCUUUCCCCCCAUUGCCCCGGCCUGCCUGCCCCCCAGUACAGAGGGCCACCAGGGACCCAGAGCAAUGGUUCCCCAUUCCAUUACAAGACAAUGGAAGAGGCUGUGGCUGUGAAUGGUUACUCCCCAGGACUCAGCAGAAAGCAGCUGGUGGACCCUGACACAUGUCGGACCCCCCCAGGAAUGCCCCGGAGUGGCGACUACUCCCCCAGGAUUUUUAAAACGGAGCCAAACAAGGUGCACUGCUCCCCUCUCCUCAGACCCCCUCACAGCCACAGCACUCCUCCUCCCUCCUCCUCCACCCACACCCACCCAGAGGGCCUCCACAGCAGACUCAAUGGUCUCCUCAGGGCGAAGGCAGAGCUGGGAGUCAAGGACGGGGUUAGAGGUCAUGUAGGUCAUGUUAUUCCUCACAGUGCCCCCCAUCCUCCUCAUCAGGCCCCUUCCCCUCUCUUCCCCAAACCAAAAGAGGUCAAACAGGAACAGGAAGAGGUGUGGUCGGACAGCGAGCACAACUUCCUGGACAGUGAUAUCGGCGGGGUGGCGGUGGCUCCCUCCCACGGUUCCAUCCUGAUCGAAUGCGCCCGCCGAGAGCUCCAUGCCACCACACCCAUCCUCCGGCCCGACCGCAGCCACCCCACCCGCAUCUCCCUGGUCUUCUACCAGCACAAGUCCCUCAAUGAGCCCGACCACGGCCUGCACAUGUGGGAGGCCAAGAAGGCCCGGAGGGAGCGGGAGAGAGAGGAGGAGGCUGAGAGGCUGGGGAUGGGCCUAGACCUGGAAGAGGUUAGCCCGGUCAAGGGGAAGAGGGGGAAUGGGGCCAGCAGUGAGAGUGUGGAGCCUGAGGAGGAGGUAGAGGAGGAGGGCCCGGAGGAGAAGAAGGGUGUGUUGACAGUUCCUACCCGGAAGGCGGUGACUGUCCCGCGGGAUGGGGUGGUCACUGUUUCCCCUUAUGCUCUGACACAGGUCACAGGCCCUUACAACCGCUGGACAUGAGAUGAUACUGUUAUGUACACACACAGACACA